AUGGAUAUGGCCACAGGUGAACAUGCGGAGGCUCCAGGUGACUUUCUUGAGGAGCUGGCUAGAGAAGGAGUAAAUGGUGGAUCCACCAAUGAAGUUGAAAUGGUGGGUUAUGAUGACAUUGGGGGGUCCAAUGGAGUAACUCAAAACUCGAAUGAAAAUGUUGGGUCCUCGCUUGGAAAAAAAAAUAAGAGGAAGAGAGUUGAUUCUGGAUUAGGAGAUAUUAAAAAAGUACUUACUUCUUUUCUUUUCGAGAGUACUCAAGUACUAGGGGACAUGGCUAAAUGCUUGGGAUAUGCAUAUGACAUUGUUGACAAAAGAGCUGUGGUCUAUGGUGUACUUUAG